AUGACCGAAGUUAUGCCAACUCAAGCGCCAUAUAUUUCUGCAAAACAGCGAUUGUUGAAUGAUUGGACAAAAGGAAAUAUUGCACCAAUUAUGAUUAAUGGAAAAAUAGUUAAAAGAAAAAGAUGUGGCGACAAAAACGAGGAUAAUUCGAAUGCUCCAAACUCAGUUAGUUUUUGUAUGAUUUCAAAAUUUACUAACUAAAAAGUUUCGAUAUUUUCAGAAACGCAGCAAAUCAACUAAUUCCAAUGCUGUGACUUUAAUGAAGCCUGAUGCUCUUCAGAAAAUGCAAAAAGUGGUGGCUGAAAAUAAUGUCGGAAGAACCUUCAAACAACGCGGGAAUUGUCAACAAUUGGUGGAGAAGAAACAAGAAUUGGUGCCAAAAAAGAUGUUUGAACAAAAAGAAGAUGAAGCUGUUGUCACUGAGGAGUUUCUGAUGAGUUUGGACCCAAGUGAUCCACUCGGUCUCAAACUGAUGGUAUAA